GACCUGGGAUGGUUUGACAACCACAAAAACAGUGUUGGAGCUCUCACAACCAGACUGGCUACAGACGCAGCCCAAGUUCAAGGAGCCUCAGGAGUCCGUUUGGCCACCUUCGCCCAGAACUUUGCCAACCUGGGCACAGGUGUGAUCCUGGCCUUUGUGUACGGCUGGGAGCUGACGCUGCUCAUCCUGGCCGUGGUGCCGGUCAUCGCGCUGGCCGGAGCCGUGCAGAUGAAAAUGCUGACGGGACACGCAACCGAAGACAAGAAGGAGCUGGAGAAGGCUGGGAAGAUCGCCACCGAGGCCAUCGAGAACAUCCGGACUGUCGCCUCGCUCACCAGAGAACCGACAUUUGAGUCUUUGUAUCAGGAGAACCUCGUCGUUCCUUAUAAGAACUCCCAGAAGAAGGCACAUGUGUACGGUUUCACCUUCUCCUUCUCUCAGGCCAUGAUCUACUUCGCCUACGCUGCAUGUUUCCGCUUCGGAGCUUGGCUCAUUAUUGAAGGAAGGAUGAAUGUGGAGGAGGUGUUCCUUGUGAUCUCAGCUGUUCUGUUCGGAGCCAUGGCGCUCGGAGAGGCCAACUCCUUCGCUCCAAACUACGCCAAGGCCAAACUGUCCGCCUCCCACCUCCUCAUGUUGUUGAACAAAGAGCCUGAGAUCGACAAUAUGUCCCAGGAGGGCCAGUCACCGGAUAAAUUUGAAGGUAACGUGAGCUUCGAGGACGUGAAGUUCAACUACCCGUCACGAGCCGACGUGCCCGUCCUGCAGGGCCUGAAGCUGAAGGUGAAGAAGGGCCAGACCCUGGCUCUGGUGGGCAGCAGUGGCUGUGGGAAGAGCACCAGCAUCCAGCUGCUGGAGAGGUUCUACGACCCCAGAGAGGGCAGAGUGCUGAUAGACAAUGUGGACAUCAAGCAGCUGAACAUCAACUGGCUCAGAUCUCAGAUCGGCAUCGUGUCCCAGGAGCCGGUGCUGUUCGACUGCUCUCUGGCUGAAAACAUCGCCUACGGAGACAACAGCCGCAGCGUGACCAUGGAGGAGAUCCAGGCAGCUGCUAAAGCUGCCAACAUCCACAGCUUCAUCGAUCAGCUGCCUCAGAAGUACGACACUCAGGCAGGUGAUAAGGGGACUCAGCUGUCCGGGGGUCAGAAGCAGAGAGUAGCCAUAGCCCGGGCCAUCCUCCGCAACCCCAAAGUGCUGCUGCUGGACGAGGCCACCUCUGCACUGGACACUGAGAGCGAGAAGGUGGUGCAGGACGCUCUGGACCAGGCCAGCAAGGGCCGGACCUGCAUCAUCGUGGCGCACCGCCUCUCCACCAUCCGGAACGCCGAUCGCAUUGCCGUCUUCCAGGGGGGCGUGGUGGUGGAGCAGGGCACGCACCAACAGCUGCUGGCUAAGAAGGGGGUGUACCACAUGCUGGUCACCACCCAGCUGGGGUACAGGACAGACUGAGGACGCUGGGGGACAGCUUCACCUGUCCAUCACUGAGGACAGGAAGAAACAUCUGUGCCUUGCUGGUCUCGUCAGCUCCUGCUGCCGGGCCACAACCAUCUAAAGUCCAGCUGCUGAUUGGUCCGUCUCUGAGACAAGAUGUCAGCUCUGAAAAGAAAAGCUGUGCGUUGAGUCGAGCACUUUCAUACGAUCCACUUGUCUUUUUUUUUUUAAGAUUUAACCGCAGCACGGCAAUCUUUACAAACUGGUUUCUUUCAAAGACGUCUUUUCUUGCCUCGAAUGUUUUCUUCUGUUUGUCAAAGCAAAGUGAAGAGCUCAGGUUUUAAAUAAAAUAAAAACAAAAACAACCUGUUUACCUUGACACUGAGCUGAAAUAUUAAAAACUUGGAGGUCUCAGCAGGACUGUCUGCAGCCCAGAACAUGGUCAGCUAAAAGCAACUUGUGUAUUUUGACUGUUUUUCAGGGAUUUAUUUGUUUUUUCAAUCAUACAAGUGAAAUGUUGUUACUGCAUUUAAA